AUGAUCCUAUUGAUAGUAUAUUUCUUAUUAGCGUGUCUCGUAUGGUAUUAUUUCUUUAGAUCAAAUCCUCCGCGUGGUCUUAAAAAGCUUCCUUCUCCACCUGGUCAUAGACUUUAUACUGGACAUUUUUAUCAAACUAGAUCUGACCCGCAUAAAAGGCAAGAAAAUGAAUUUACAGAAUGGGCGAAAAGUUUGGGUGAUAUUUAUAGCAUACAUAUGGGUCAACAGUAUUGGAUUAUAUUAACCAGUGAUAAAAUUGCUGCUGAGCUUUUGCAAAAGCGUGGUGGAAAGUAUUCAUCUCGUCCGCCAAAUUAUUACUUUUACCAAGUAAUGUCAAGAAGUAAAGGUUACAUUGGUAGUUCAUAUAAUGAGAGAUAUAGAAAGCUUACACCUAUCAUGCAUGGGAUUCUGGGUCAGCGAAGUGUAAAAGAAAGAUCUGAUUUAGUCGACAUGGAAUCCCGUAUGCUUAUGCAAAACCUUUAUAAAGCCUCAAUGAAUACGAAAGAUGGGUUUUAUCCUAAAAAAUAUAUUCAACUUGCAGCCCUGAAUAUUAUUUCCCUUAUAUGUGUAGCAAGACGUAUAGACAGUAUAGAAGAUCCAUCAUAUCAAUAUUUUGAAAAUUUUUUGAAAAGUCAUUUAGAAUUUGUUAAAGUAACAAAUCGAUUAGGUGACUUUUUUCCAAUCUUGAGAUGGUUUUCUGGCAGUAAAUUCUAUAAUAGAGUAAUUGAACAACGAAAUAUUCUGGAAUCCUUUUAUGGAAAUUUUGUUAAAGAAGUUAAGGAUGAUAAAGAAAAGAAGCCUUGUGCUAUUAGAGAUUUACUCCGUAAAGUAGACGAAGGUGUACUAGAUGAACAUGAUGUUAUUCAUCUAACUGAUAAUAUAUUUUCAGCUGGAACAGAUACAAUUUCUGCAAGUUUAACUUGGAUCGUAGCCGCUUUAGCUAAUAAUCCAGAAGUUCAAUCUAAAGCUCAUCAAGAACUUGAUCGAGUAAUUGGUCAGUCUCGUCUGCCAAAUGCUUCUGAUGAACCAAAUAUCCCUUAUAUAUGUGCUAUAAUUAAAGAAGGUCAAAGAUAUUGUGGGCCAACUUAUCUUGGUGUACCUCAUUAUAUUGAAGAGGAUGAUGAAUAUAAUGGAUAUUAUAUUCCUGCAAAUUCAGUUGUACUUUUAAAUAUAUAUGGAAUUCAUAUGGAUGAGAAAAGAUAUGAAAAUCCGAAAGAGUUUAGGCCUGAAAGGUUUUUGGGACUUACGGAAAGAAGCGCAAUUUUAGCAAAUGGAAAUUAUGAGAAUAGAGAUCAUUUUAGUUUUGGAGCUGGAAGAAGACUCUGUAUCGGGAUUCAUUUAGCCGAGUUAGAACUUCUUUUGGGUAUUUCGCGUCUUCUUUGGUGUUUCCGAAUAGAAAAUGCGUCACCAUUAGGCAAAGAUGGAAAACCAAUACCAAUUAAUUUAGACAACGCACGUUUAGGUAUCACUGUUUGGCCUGAAGAGUAUUGUGUUAAAUUAGUUAAAAGACACGAUAAUGUUGAAAAGGUUCUGUUUGAUUUAAGUCAAUAA